AUGCAAGCCCCUAGGAGCGGACACUUUCAAGCUGCUUUGCAUGCUCUUCGAUACAUCCGAAAUGAUCCAAGUUUGGGUCUUUUCUUCUCUUCGGAGCAAUCAUUCCAAAUUCUGAGUUAUUGUGAUGCCGAUUGGGCAUCUUGUUCGGAUACUCGCAGAUCUGUGAGUGGAUUCUUCUUGACUAUGGGCAAUUGUCCCAUUUCGUGGAAAUCGAAGAAACAACAGGUUGCCGAUAUUUUCACCAAAGGAUUAGGCGGACCUUUGCAUUGGCAUUUUUUGGGCAAGUUGGGCGUCCGAUCUCCGGGCUCCCACUUGAGGGGGGGUGUUGAAGAUGAAGCUUCUGAG